AUGGCGCCCAUAAUCCCGGGCUCGGGUGCAGCAGCGCAAGCGGAAAGGGGUUUCAAGCCGGCGCAUCGCGGCAACCCGCAACGGCAGACGGCAGUCACGGACACCUUCAAGAUCCUCGGAGCGGCACCCGCAAGACCCGCCGUCGCAGCACAGGCCGCGGUGCCCGCAACGGCGACGACCCCGGCGCAGGAUGCCGUGCCCGCGCAGCCGGCGAGGGCCGCGAUCCCCACGGACGUGUACAGGAGGUUCAGGUACCCGAACAUGUCCGCGCGAGCCCGGAUCCAGAACGAGGCCCAGCGGGCCCUGGAAGUCAUGGGCCGGACGGCAGGGCUCGCGACGCCGGGCAGGUUCGGCCCCGUGGAGCAGAGGGCGCUGGCGACCAAGCUGGCUAUCCUGAGCAGGGUUACUGCCGACACGGCGGAGGAGAAGGCCGCGAGGGAUAAGGCGGAUAGGGCUCAUCGGAGGAAGGUCGAGAGGCUGUUGAGGCUGAGUACGCCGCGCGUCCCGGGGGAGGGAAACCACUGGUCCAAUGAUGUAGAGGAGAGUGAAGAUGAGGAUGGAGACGAGGACGGGAAUGAGGACUCGGAAGAUCCAGCCGAUGCACACCCAGAUGGAGAGAGGCCCAAGAACAACAAGAGACGUCGCUCGGACGCCGACGGCGACGACGAUGAGGCACCCGCUCCAAAGAGAUCCAGGUACCCGAUCCCGGCCGUGCAAAUCCAGCAGUUUGUCGACGUUGCCAAACUCGUUCCCAUCCAGCUAACGUACCAUCCGCAUCCCGCCUCGGAACGCAGCGAUGCAUGGUGGGUCGAGAACUUUCGUCGUCUGUACCACCAGGUUGAAAAUAUGGUUACGCACUACUUCACGCUGCACGACAUCAGCAAAGAGGACGGCUCGCCGUGGGCGUUGGGCAUGACGCCCGAGUUCGUGCGCUGGGCUGAGGAGGUUGCUGAUCCGGACUGGGAGGCGCGUGGGCCGAUGGCGGGCUGGGAUGAGUUGCUGAAGGACAGCACGCAGCGGAAGUGGCUCCUCGUCGGGGUGCUGACGAAGAUCUUCAAGGUCAAGGUUUUCGACGAGUAUCUGUUCGGGGCCAGCAAGGAGCAGAAGGAGGCGUGUUUCGCGCUCGAUAGGGCCUUCUUGGGUCGCGAGGGCUUCCAGCGGAGGAUCGUAUUGAGCACUACAGUCCGCACCGUCCUGGGCGCCAACGCCGUAACCGAGUCCUUUUACCCCUCCGUGGCCAAGCUCUCUGCCCAGAUCUUUCUCAUGCUGCAGCCGCUCACCAACUACCUGUACUCCCUCCCUCCACCCAGCAACAAGAAGCUCCCCCUAGUAGCCGACCUGCACCAAUCCCUCCACAACCUCGUCUCGCACGCCGCCUACCUGUCCAUCUGUGUCCGCGUCUCGCCUAAUAUCAUGCAAUUUGUCGACCUGCAGCCCGGGGCCGACUGGGACCCGGACGACAUGUACUCCCUCGAGACGGAGCAGUACACGCAGAGCAAGGCCGAUGUCAUCGCUGCCUUCAGCAAGAAUGAGUGGGAGCCGUGGAGGAAGCGUGCAAAGGCGGCCAAGGACCUGGUCAACCUCCUCGAGCAUCAGCAGCAGUCCCUCGAGCAGCAGCCUACGCAAGCCCAGCUAACGCAGCAGGCCGCUGACCAGGCGAAGCGCGACAGGGCCAACGCCAAAGCCCGGGCAGAUGGGACGCCCGAGAAGCAGGAUCUCAGCCCCGUGAGAAUCCCGGAGCCGAAGAGGCUCCAGGACGCGCGCACCGCGCUGGACAAGGUGACGCAGGAGAAGCCGGACGUGCCAUCUUGGACGCACCGGGCGCAGACGAAGAUCUCGGUCUGGCCUGUUAUCAGAAGAUACAGAGCCGGUUCUGACGCCGACGACAAGGACCACGCCAAGCCGCUGCGGGAAAGAGACGGCUUCCGCAUCCUGCUGAUCGCCAACGGCGCCGUCGUCGCUAAGUACGGGAGGAAAAAUGAGCCGUUGAGGGUCGAGCUUCACGACUGGGUCAAGGUCAAGACGCGGGAGGCGGACUACGCGAACAGAAGGAGGGUGCAGACCGCCGUUGGCGUGCUGAAGAAGACAGCUAAGGCGGCCGUCGUGCUCGGCGCUGCGAGCACGGCUCUGAACUGGCAGUUUGGGAGCGAUGCUUUGCAGGAGCUGCCGCUGAGAGAGAUGUUUCGCUUCUAUGCCGGGGCGGUCAAGGAGGUUUUUGUAAGAUGA